AUGAAGGUCGGCGCCCGGCAGCGCCUGCACCUCUCGCUGGGGCUGAGUUCACUGGCCCUCAUCUCCUCCAGCGCUGCCUUUGGCAGCGGUUACUGGUGUGUCGGCACACACCGGGUGGUGAAGCCGCUGUGCCGGAGGGCAGGGACCGAGAGCCGCGGGUGCCUGGGGCACGCAGCCGGCGACGGGGCGGCGGGCGAGCCGGGCGAGCCGGAAUCGUACGGCUGGGAGACGGGAGAAGACCGCUUCACGUCCCACGCGUUCCACACCGGCUUCUGGACCUCGUGUGAGGAGGAGGAUGAGAGAGGGAGAGUGAAAUGCCGGAGCUUCCUUCAGCUCACACCAGAAUCGGAACAGGGAGUCCUGUGGUUUGCCAUCGUGGCUGAGAUCCUCUACAUCGCCCUUCUGUCUCUGGGCUUCAGUCUGCUGUGUUUCGAACUCGCCUGCACACACCGCACACUCGUCACACUCAAGACCAAUUCCUUUGCUGCCAUCUUCACCGUCCUCUCGGGUCUGCUGGGAAUGGUUGGACACAUGAUGUACACGACAGUAUUCCACGUAACUGUCAGCCUCGGUCCGAAGGAUUGGAAGCCUCAAACAUGGGAUUACGGAUGGUCAUUCCUGUUGGCCUGGCUCUCAUUCAGCCUCUGCAUGGCCUCCGCUGUUUGCAGCCUCAACGCUUAUGCCAAGACAGAGGCGCAGGGUCGCUGCGGCCGGCAAUCUUUAGCGGGAACCUCCUCCUGUCACACCAUCGUUUCCUCUCCUCCGCACCUGCUGGUACUGGACCCCGAGCUCGCCCCUUUCCUGUGGGAGCGUUCCGCCUUCCCAGCGCGCGGGCCGGCCCAGGAUGGGGGCGAGAUUGAGGGCGGGCUCUCCCUGUCCAACGACUUCCCACCCCACAGCCCCUCUGAUUUACCUGAGGAGUGAGAGGGAGGGUGGGGAGUUGCUGUCCCAUCUGGCUCACACGCCGUCAAAAUGACCUUUCACACCUGACCCUCCGUGUGCCAUGUGGACUCUUCUUCCCAAACCCCCCGCUGACUUUUGACCCACUCUGGGGUCAAGCGAAGUCCACACAACGUUCCACCCCUCAUCCUCUGGCUCAAACCCCAUCUCCAUGACCUUUCACUCCUCACCUUCUGGGAUUAAAACCCAUCGCUGCGGCCUCUCACCUCUUGCCUUCUGGUGCACAAGCCACAUCCCUGUGACAUCUUACUCCUCGCUCUCUGUGUUAAUUCCUUAACCCAUGACCUUUCACUAUUUGCCUUCUAUGGUCAUGCUCCGUCUCUGUGACCUUUCACCCCUCUUUCUGGGGUCAAACUCCAUUUCUCCUCACCCGCCCAGUCUAACCUUUCACCCUUUGUCUCCUGAGGUAAACCCUCAUUCGCAAGCCUCACCCUUCCAACUCCCCAUUCAACUCCUGCCUUCCAUCAAUGACCUUUCACCCACCAGAAGCCAGACACCUCCUUAACCUCUCACUCCAAACGUGGCCCACUCUCACC